AGAGAGUUUGGUUUAUUUGUUGCUUACACAGCUCUGAUUUCCACCCAUUAACUCAGGUUUCAAAGCCAAACACAGGGGAAAUGACACAACAUCUGUGAGGGUCCCACAGCACAAGGUCCUCCCUCAGAACUCUCCAACAUUUACACUAAAUCUUUAUUUCUGUACAAAAACUUGGACAAUUUCCAUUGCUCCCAAGGGAAUUUGCAUGACCUUUUUGCAUGACCUCUUUACAUAACCCAUGAGUUGCCUACAUAUAUACACACAUUUAUAUUUGAAACAGAAAAAUCCUUCCAGUUCUGAAGAAUGAAGGUAAAAACCAUCAGAACUGCAAAUUUAAUGACAAGAAUUAACUGUCUUUAUUGUCAAUAUUGUUGACUAUUCUGUAGCUUUACAUGUAUUUCAUCCCCAUGUUAUAAUGAAAACAUAUUCAGAAUAACUCAAUACAGACUGUGCAAUGAGAGUAGCGACAGUAAUUUAAAAAGUGGUAAUGGCAUCAAGAAAGAUUUAAUUAUUAAAUUAAUUUUAAAUGUAUUAUUUAAAAAACAACAAUGAAAGAGAACUCAGCAGUCUUAACUUUUAUACACUUGAGAAAAAGAGCGAAAAGUAGCAUUUUCUGUUAAAAAGCCUAUUCACAAUUCCAUACACCAGGUGCAAAGGCCUAAGGAAAGCACAGUUGGGCUAAACCAGACAAAAAUAAUGUGUGAGAAUGGUGGCUUCUCUUUUAAUCACCUAAUAUUUAACUGGAUCCCAAGGAAAACUAAAAGCAGUUUUCAGAAGUUAUAUCAAAGUCAAGGAAUAAUGGAGUUAAGAGGAACAGAGCCUGCCUUUAAGGCAGUUCCGCAUUCCUUCACCUGCCACAAAAAUGUCCCAGGAGAAUCACGGAAUCCCAGACUGGUUUGGGUUGGAAGGGACCUUAAAGAUCCUUUAAUUCCAACUCCUUGCCAUGGCAGGGACAUGUCCCCCUGUCCCAGGCUGCUCCCAGCCCUGUCCAGCCUGGCCUGGGACACUGCCAGGGACUCAGGGACAGCCACAGCUGCCCUGGGCGGGCAGAGCCCACCCAGCUGGGAAAAGUGUGUCCCAAAGGAAACAGCUCCAGCCAGCGCAGCUGAAAGCGGAGGUGGAAGGAUCAGGAAUGUGGAAAGGCAUUUUGCCAUCCCCUACACCAUCCUAACGGGGCUUUGCUGCAAUUCCUUAUUCCUCAGAACUCCCAGAACUCCGUCCCCCUGGGCGUUAUUUACAGGGAGCUUUUUCCAUGGGAUCACCCCACGGAUGCAGCUCCUGCAGCUGGAGGGACCCAAGGGGGUUAUUCCAUGGGAUUACCAUGGAUACAGCCCCUGCAGCUGGAGGGACCCAAGGGAGUUAUUCCAUGGGAUCACCCUAUGGAUACAGCCCCUGCAGCUGGAGGGACCCAAGGGGGUUAUUCCAUGGAUUCACCCCAUGGAUACAGCUCCUGCAGCUGGAGGGGACCCAAGGAGCCCCAGAUCCCCACCCCGGGCGGGGGUGGCUGCAGAGCUGGGCAGGAACACCCUUUGCACGUUCCUGGGAUCACCGAGGCUGGAAAAGCCCUCCAAGGUCCCCGAGUCCAGCCUGUGCCCGACCCUCCCUGGCACCCAGCCCCGAGCACUGAGUGCCACAUCCAGCCCAGGAAUACAAAACUGGGAAUUUGAUCUCCUGAGCCAGCUUUGGCUCCAUCUCUUCUGCUGUUUAAGAAGUUUCCUGCAGCCCCCCAGCACUCACAGAGACCUGUGUGUGAUAUGUGGGUAUGGAAGAGGGGCACGUCCCUGGGAUUCAGCAUUUCUGACAAGAAAACAACAUUUCACACUCAUUUUAAUUCCCAUUCUUGACACCAACCAGCACAGACUUAUCACCAAACUUGCCCCAAACAAACCUCCCAUCACAGGCUGGGCAGAACAGCACAUUUCACCCCAAAAACACCUGAACAGCCCCAAAAACCUCAGCCCCAAAAACAGCUCAGAAAUCACAUAUUUGCUUGAAAACUUUCACUGCAACUGCCACACACAAAGUUUAAUGCAAACAGGCACAUUUUGACAAGUGCUUUCAACUUAAAAUCAUAAAUACUGGUAGGUUUUAAAGAAUUAGCAGUUGACAUCAUCUAUAAAUGCAUAAAAAUGGUGGUACAGAGCUCCCCAGCCCAAAUUUGUAGUUGCUCCGCUUCAACAAGAAUUAAGAGAAGGGAACGAGUUCCCUUCAGCUGCAUGAAAACCAGAGUUUGAAAGACAAAGUGGCAAAGGGGAAACAAUUCAAGGAAUGCUCUGAUCAAAUUUCACGGAAAAAAAGUUGCUUAAUAGAAUCCUGGUUUUCCUUUACUAUAAUAAAUAGCUCUAUAAAAUGUUUAGGCUAAAUGACUUUAAUACCCAUGCGUGAGUGCAGACACAGGAGUGCCCCAGCCGGGAGCUGCCAGCCCUCCCACGGCCUGGGGUUCAUUUGAAGCCAUCAUUUUAUACAUUCUGAAAUGCAAUUUUCUCGCAGUUAGCCACGUCCUGGCUGCGUUUCUUUCAGGAAGAUGACAAAGUCUGGAGAGAGAGACAAGUCCAAAGUCCAAGCGAUCAAAGGAAACCCGAGCCCGCUGCGGGGAUCGCUGCGGGCACACGCGGGUGUUCCUCUGUGAACAGCGCCGGGACACGGAACCGCAGCUGGGCAGAGCCGCUUUGUGUCCCGGGACUGCCGGGGAGCCUCAAGGGCAGCCCUGGGGCCGCGGCAGCUCCGGAGAGCGAGCCCGGCCCGGGGCCGCGGCAGCUCCGGAGAGCGAGCCCGGCCCGGGGCCGCGGCAGCUCCGGACAGCGAGCCCGGCCCGGGGCCGCGGCAGCUCCGGACAGCGAGCCCGGCCCGGGGCCGCGGCAGCUCCGGACAGCGAGCCCGGCCCGGGGCCGCUCCUCCCGCAGCGCGACAGCACCGCCCGGGGAUGAGGAACAUCCAGGGACACCGGGCACUGCCCGGGGAUGAGGAACAUCCAGGGACACCGGGCACGGGCACAGUGACACUGGGGCUGUCCCCACUCCUCGGUCACACACCCACCGCCCCCCAGCCUGAGCUGGUUUCAUUUUUUAACCUCCCCACAAAAUCCAGCUACUCUUGGCUCCCUUCAGUUAGACUGAGCUGAAGAUGUCCAAGGAAGGAUUCCCAACCUUCCAGGUAAAGCAGCUUUUUCUGGCAUCGUCCAGUCUCAGCAGAGUUUUGUACAUUUACAAAUAGGAAAAGCUUAAAAACCCCACCCAGCUGUGUCCUUACCCAAAAUCUGGCUUAAAAGGCUCAGGGUGGUAAAGUGACUCCACUGUGGAUAAAGCUACAAUAGAAAAUUCACUGGUAAGGCCCUCUUAAGGCAAGGAGAGAAUUCCUGCUCAUGAUUCUCACACGUGAAAGAAAAAGAUACAGUGGCAGCCCCUUAUAAUUCAUCAUUUUUGGCCAUUUAAUGUAUUCACCACAACAAUAUAUUCAAGUCACAUCUGCAUUUAUAACCAGGCCACAUCUGGAUCAUCACACAAGUGCAAGGACAUUUUCCCUCCUCAGUGCCACUCCCGGUGCCACGGGACCAUCCCUGCCCUGCCCAGGGGCGCAGCACUCCCGGGCUGCUCAGCACAUUCAUCUCAAUUAGCUGAAAACGACUUUUCAGCCCUAAUUAAUCUGACAGUGACAAACUUCGCGUUCCACCAGCCAGCAGGAAGGAACUGCUGCCACCAGGAGCUUUCCAAGGCCAAGGAUUCCUGGAUUGAGUUAUUAGAACAGUCCCUUGACAGGAAUUCCAGCCAACCACCCUGACACAAGGACAAAUUCAGUAUUUUCUGUCCCAAAGCAAACUCAGUGAUGCCUGAUAAAUGGAAAAGUGCUUGGAGUGGCAGGGAUAGGAGAACUGUAACAAAUUUAUCACAAAUCCUGUUAAAACUUGGGUGUAGGGAGGGGAAAACCCACUCAUUUCCACACACUGGGAGGCUUUCACAGAUAUGUAUCUCUGUUUUAAGGGAGUGGGAAUCGUAGCACAGGAAAUAAAGCUGAUUAUGGAAUUAGUUUUAGGCACUUGAGCUGCAGAGAUGUGGAAGGUGCUCGUCAGGUGCAUUUCCCAUUCACACACCCACACAAUGCUCAGCAGAGCAGCUACUCAGCCUCCCCAAAAGAAACAAACAUUAAAAAAUGAAACUGUUCACACUCCCCAAGUUUAUUUUCCACCUCUCCUCACAAUUAAAGACCUGUCUAAUUCCCAGAUGCCAGAAGCAGCACAUUCCAGAGAUGAUUUACCAAACUGAUGAUUUUUAAACCCAAAGAAACAUUUGAAGUACCAGAUUAUUGAAAUACCACCUUUUUUUUUUGCUACUAAAAUGCCAGUUUGCAGCAUUACCUCAAUAACCGUUUUAAAGGCCCCUCCUUUUUCCUAAGAAUGAAUUUCAUGGAGAACAAAGGCAAAGCUGGAGCUUCAGCUGGAAGCCAAGGCAGCAGAACCCCGAGGGUGAAGGAGCAGCAUCACACCCCGAGGUGAUGGCUCAGGGCAAAACAAUCCCUGCCCAAAAACCCCCAGUGGGAGCAGCACUGACACAAAGUUCCCUGGCUUCUCUGUGGACAGAGCUGGCAGAAAAAUGGGAAUUCCCCCACAGGGAAAAGAGAAAAGCUGUCAACAAGGAGCACUUACACAAAACACAAAGGGGUCUAGAGAUCAAAAGCUUGACUGUUCUUCUCAGCGACUGAAUUGAAAACAUUUCUAAGUUCACAAACGAGCACUUCAAAGCACCAGCACAGCAAAAAUUCCAGGUGAGAGUCUGGAAUUGAUCACAGAGCCUGGAAUUGAUCACAGCAACCAUUCCAGGUGAGUCUGGAAUUGAUCACAGAGCCUGGAAUUGAUCACAGCAAAUAUUCCAGGUGAGAGUCUGGAAUUGAUCACAGAGCCUGGAAUUGAUCACAGCAAAUAUUCCAGGUGAGUCUGGAAUUCUCGCCUCUGCUGACAAACCCCACAGACUGAAAAUCAGCACUUGAACCCCACAUGCCCUGGACAACACCACAAUGUGUCAGGAAACAUCAGCCACCGCUGAAUUGUGGCUACAUCUGCGCUCAAAAAUACAAAAUACACAGCAAGCUCACAGUGCCCCACGACAUGUUUGCAGUCAGGUUAACACUGGGUUGUUCACUGACCAACACACAGAAAACAAGUGAAUGUUUGCCUUCUAAACCCCCCAGGGCACAGAAAAGCCUGUGUGACAGCCGGGCCUGAGGUGUGCAGGCACUCCCAGCCCUGCUGGGCUCUGUGGUCCCUGGGGAAACCAAACCAGGGAACCUCAGAGGCCACAGCGGGGGAAGCGGCACAGGGGGGAAAGAGUAAAAGCAACACAAGUGAGGAGUAAACACCGAGUAUCUGCCCACAGCUGCAGCCACCACCACUCCUGCAUCACC